AGCGCAUUGAAAGAGUCUUAUCGCAACGGCGCCGCAAAAAUGGAAGCACGACCUCGUCUUCUUCGCUUCUCCUCCGCCGUCGUCGUCGACGGCGGCGGCGGCGGCGACGACUUCUCCUCCCUCUUCUCCAACCUCAACACUCUCCUCCUUUCCAAUCCUAACCCUAAACCUAACCCUAUCCGCUUCCCCACCUUCUCCUCCACCUCUCUCCGCUACGCCCCUCGCUCCACCUCCCGUGGUCCGAUUCUCAAAGAUCUCCCAUCCUUCGAACGUGCCCUCAUCGGUGCCGCCGCUGGCGCCAUCGCCGGUGCAUUCACCUACGUUUGCCUCCUCCCCAUUGACGCCGUGAAGACCAAGCUCCAGACCAAGGGCGCUGCCAAUCUCUACUCGAACGCUCUCGAUGCUGCUAUCUACACCCUCCGCACCGAAGGUCCCCUCGGUUUCUACCGUGGCGUCUCCGCCGUCCUGGUCGGCUCCGCCACCUCCUCCGCCAUCUACUUCGGCACCUGCGAGCUCGGUAAGUCGGUCCUCGGCCGACUCUCAUCCUUCCCCCGGAUCCUCAUCCCUCCCACGGCUGGAGUCAUGGGUAACAUCGUCUCCUCCGCCAUUAUGGUUCCCAAGGAACUCAUCACCCAGAGAAUGCAAACCGGCGCCCGGGGCCGAUCCUGGGAGGUCCUGCUGAGAAUUAUCAAAAAAGAUGGGUUCUUAGGGCUUUACGCCGGGUACUCUGCCACACUACUGAGAAACAUCCCCGCAGGGGUUCUAAGCUACUCUUCCUUUGAGUACCUCAAGGCCUUCGUGUUGAGCCAAACGGGGCAGAGCCAUUUGGAGCCGGCACAGAGUGUUUGCUGUGGAGCAUUGGCCGGGGCAAUCUCAGCGUCAUUGACGACGCCUUUGGAUGUAGUGAAGACAAGGUUGAUGACACAAGCGCACGGGGAAACGGGGAACAAGAUCUCGGUGGUAGUGAGGCAGAUUAUGACUGAAGAGGGAUGGAUAGGGUUUGGCAGAGGGAUUGGGCCAAGAGUUCUUCACAGUGCUUGCUUUGCGGCAUUGGGGUACUGUGCAUUUGAGACCGCGAGGCUUGCUAUUCAUCAGUAUGUGCAGCAGAGGCAAGCUGAGGAGGCUAAUGCUUUGGCUUGAUAUUUAUUUCGAUGUUGAUGAUAGGCAUGAAAAUGGGAUAUAUUCACCAACACUUUAUGUUUGAGAAGAGCUUAUGGCUAUGGUACAUGUUGCUUAUUACUUUGUUGUACCUUUGGUCUGUUGGUCUAUAAAUUCGAAAGUGAUCAUUUUGGUUCCUGAACUAACAGAUAUGCGGAGGAAAAAUUGUUGAACUAAGAGAAAAGUGUGUUUAGUGUUUGAUUGACCUUUUUUUUUUAAUUGAAUCCUGGGUCUUAAGUUGCUUAGUUCAUACCUAUUAUCCAUCUUUUUUAGUUGGAACCGAGUACUUUUUUAGCUUAAUCGGCUUCCAAUGUAGUUAUUGGAAUACUGCAAUGGGACAACAAUUUUGAAAAGCUUGUAACUAGCUCUGUUUUUAUGAUGGUUAUUGGAAUAGUGUGCUUGGCUUGAUGGAAGAUGGAUGAAAUGAAGAGAAGGUUUUAUGAAUUCAUUUUGUUCCAUUUGUUUGCUUUUCAAAGAAAAAGGAAUAAUAGUUCUCUUGUGUUGUUUUCUCUUACUUUUCAAUACUCUUGUUUAAUGUGUUUACUUUUAUGAAAUGUUCGGAAA